CGCCGUCUUCCUGCACUUCGGUCACACUGGCAGCGAGCAAAGCGCGAGACGAGUACCCAGACGCCACAAAAUUUGGGUGAAAACAAUUGGAAUUGCACGGCAUCCAAUCAAUCUAAACGAAAACUAAAAUGGGCAAGGAAAAGGCUGCCAAAUCCUACAGCAUUGGCGACCUGGUGUUCGCCAAGGUGAAAGGUUACCCGCCAUGGCCGGCGAAGAUAACCAAGAUUAACAACAACAAGAAGUAUAAUGUUUACUUUUACGGAACUGGGGAGACGGCCAACAUCAAGGUGGAGGAUCUCUUCCCGUAUGCAGACAACAAGGAGAAAUUCGCCACCGAGAAGAUCAUGAAGCGGGCCAAGUUCAUCGAGGCCAUCGAGCAGAUUGAGAGCGCCCUGCGCGGCGAGGAUUCGGCGCCCAUCGAUUUGUCCGGCGCCGAGGAGCCAGUUGCUCCGCCCACCGCCGCCGCCGAACCUAUCAAGAAAGAGGAACCCAAGGUGCCAGAGGCCACAACUACUGCACCGGCUCCAGCUCCUCCUGCUGUGGCGGAUAAACCCAAAAAGAGCGGGAACCGGAAGUCGAAAGCACCACCACGCCAUGUGGACGGUGACAGCGAGGGCGGAGCUGACGCCGCUGGAGGACCUUCCUCAUCCGAGCCAGCACCCCCUCCACCCAAGCGACGUGUCCCUACCGAGGGUCUCAGUUCCGCCUCGGCCAUCCCGGCACCCAAUCCAGCACCGUCUGCAGCGGCCACCACAUCCACCAAGAAAUCCGUGAAGAAAUCCAAGCCCACGGCAGCAGUUACUCCCAUCCAGAAGAGGGCAAGGCCAAUCAAUAACAUCCGGAACGAAAUGCUAAUGGUUUACAUGCCCACUGCUAAGUGCUUGGGCAUUGAUAUAAACUACAACAAGCCGGACAUCUUCGAGAGCGCCUCUGCUGAGGAGGCUUGGGUGGAGAAGGCUCGCAAGGAAGCCAUGGAGCUCAAGCUAAAGCUGGAAAGUGGUCAACUCGAGCCGGAGAGCAUGCCUGAGAGGAUAGUGGUGGAACCAACGCGCAGCGAGAUUCCCAAGCAGGAGGCCUUGCGGUUCAUCGAGGAGCUAAUUGAGCACGAGGAUGCUCUGUUCAUGGAACGCGACUUUAUUCAACUUUCCCAGCAGCUGCGCGAAUGCUUGGGAUUGCGUCGAGCCAAUGUGGGCAAGUGCUUGGAGAUCCUUGAUCAGUUCAAGGAGGUGGAGUUCACCAAGUUGAUGCUCCUGCGCAAUCCGGAGUGCGUUGACAUCAUGCGACGACUUCGACGAUAUGUGGGCAAUCUAGAGCUCUGGAAGAUGGACCUAUCCGACGAAGUGGAGUUCAAGGAAAAGGCACAGGUCAUUCGCAAGGUGUCCUCUGGUAUAUACGAUGGCUUCAAGGGUCUCUUUAACCCAGAGCCGGAGAGUGAGGAUAAUUUUUGGAUUGACUUUUGCGAGAAGGUUAAAAUCUACAAGACCUACACGAAAAAUAUGAACGAAAACCUUCGCGUCGGGAUGAACGAGCGCGGCUACAACAACCUCGUUGUGGCCAAGGAAGGCUCCGCUUCCGCAGAGCCCAUUCCGCAGUAGAUCAGUGUUUUUGUGGGCCAGUUCUGCUGGUCCAACUGUACGAUAAGUUACUCCUAAGCGUUGGUUAAUUUGGGCAAUUUGAAGACCUUGCUCUAGACGACGAAGUUUCGAUAAGCCUUGUGCUACUGCUUAAUUUCUAGGAUUAAAAUUCAUUUAAUUUCCAUAUAUGAAAUCCAAUUUUUUAUCGUUUGCCUACCAGGUGCAUAUCAUUGCAGCUCUUGAGAUGGGAUCGUGCAGCACCCGCUUAAUAGACAUUAAAAAAGCUUCUCAGCUUCAGACCCGUAAUUAUUUACUAAGUGUGUAGAUGUUUUGAUUAAUAUUGAAUUAAAUAUAGAUGGUACAUACUCUCAA